AUGUACGAUAAAGAAGCGAAUAUGUCUGGUUUCAUCGCGUUACCCGAUCUUGUUUUACUCGAAAUUAUGUCAUAUUUGACAUCUAUAGAAAACUUAUAUUCAUUUUUCGAUUCUGAUAAUAAACUUCGUUGUAAUAAUUUACUUCGUGAAUGUCGAUAUUCAGUUGAUAUUCAUCAUCUAUCAACAUUUAUGAAAUCCAACAUAUUUCGUUAUUUGUGCACCAAUGUACUUCCAUAUAUAUCAUGUCAUAUGCAAUCAUUGAAGAUAAAUGCUGAUUUUGUUGGCAGUCGUAUUGUUUAUGACUUACCAUCUACUGUCUUUUCUAAUAUAACUUCAUUACAUUUAAAAUCCUUAAAGGGCGACGAUCUCGCAUAUGUUCUUGAACAAGCAACUCAAUUGAAUCGUUUAUGUUUAAGCGAUGUCAAUGAUACAAACAUUAAACGUGUGUUUGAGAAAUAUUUGCAUCGUCUUCAAUCAUUCAUGUGUGAUAGUUCUCUUCCAACACAAAUGGCAUUCCCUCUUGAUCCUUAUAUAUUAUCAACUUUUUCCGUUCCUCUAUAUCAAUUGUCUGAUUUGCUAGUGUUUAUUGUACAUAUACCUCAAUUGAAGCAUCUCAAAUUAUAUAUGUUUGAGAAUUUUUCUGUUGAUGAAGCAGAACGUCUACGAUUAUUACAAAUGAUAAAAUCUACUGAUAUGAACAUGUUAAGUAAUAUUGAAACUUUUACAUUUAUCAGUAGAAUAAAUUUUAUUCCAUGGUCAAUAUUUGUACGUCUCGUGCGAUCGAUGAUUCGACUACGUACGUUAUCGUUUGAUUAUUUUAUCAGAUCAGCACCACCACCUCAUAAUGUUCAUCGAUACACCGAAAUAGACGACGACGAAAACUGGAACUCGUCAGCAGCAGAUUAUCUAUCGACCGCUUUACAAUCGCUUAAAGAAUUAAUAAACAUAUCUUUUCGGCUUUGCAUACAUGAUUGUGAUGAAAAACCAAAUGAAAGCAGGUGGAAGAGUUCUUUUUGGCCAAGAACCCAAUGGUGUUUUGAUCCAUUGCUAAAGGAAUCACACCUUUACACACUUCCGUGGGUGAAAAAUUAUCCAUAUCUUCUGCAAGUUUAUGAUCUAAUAGAUUCUAUCAAAAUUGAUCAUUCUAUAAAAAAAUGUUCAAUUGUGUCUGCUGAAAAUGAAAGUGAUAUUGGUGAAUUUGCUCGUUUGUCUCGAUGUUUUCCAAAAAUUCAACGUCUCAUAAUACACUGGCCGCGUUCAAUUACCCCACCUCCAUUUCAAGGCACUUCUCAGCCACUUAUGCAUUGUGGGUUUCUUGCGACUUGUGUAACAACAGCAGGAGGACUUUUUUCACGCAUGUUACCAUUUUUACCAAAACUUCGUGUGAUAGAGUUAUUGGGUGGCAUCGAUCAAUUAACAGCUUUGGCUACAUUUCAAUCGUCUACACUCGUUCGUCUGAAUGUUUUCAGUUGGAUUGAUGCGAGUAUCGAUUUUUUGGAUGAAACUUACUUUCCAUCGCUACAGUUCUUAUUCAUCUUUCUUUUCAACGAAGCGGCUAGCAAUGAAAUUUUACGUAUAGAACGAACAAUAGAACAAAGUUUUACUCGUUUGCCAAAUUUAAUCAGUCUUCAUUAUUAUAGUUUCAAGACAAAUUAUGAUUUCACUCACAUCAUUAAACCAAGUCAAUACUCGUCCUUUUAUAAUGUUCAUAUAGAAAACAAUCGAAUAAUUGUUUGGAAAUAA